UGCCUUGACUUCUCCCUCCUUCACCGCUGUGACCGAACGGUCUUCUCUGUACUCGGACGCAGACAGGUCCUCGCCACGUCCCGAAUGAAACGCUUCACACACGCGCGCUUUUCCGUGAGACUUUUCAUUUUUUAAUUCUGUUCGAACAUUUUCCCCACGUUAUUUAGAAACUAUACAGCUUGUACCACUGAUGCAAUAAGCAAGUGACAGGGAAUUACCCUCCUCCCUCUGCUCUGGUCAACCUGCCUCGCUCUUAGUCAAAUGAAUUAAUUUGCGUUCUCAUCAGAAGUUGUAGCCGCGCGGUGUGUUCCUUCACGCGGCAUCUGAUCUGCUCUCCCCGGCCUCAUUUGGUUUACAUCAGCGACUGCAAGUUUUACCAGGAGGCUCUGAGCUUCAGACGUCCAGGUGAAGCACAAAGAAAGAAGCUACAAGAAAGGAGACAUACUUCAAGCUGACAGCCAUGAAGACCCAAGUGGCAGAUCAUCUAACGACUGUGUUUUUUAUCAUCAGCCUCCUGUCAGCUGGUUCAAGUGAACAUGACCUUUUUCUGGAGUUUUGUGGCAAAUGGCGCCACGGCAACAAAUCCUUGAACCUGGACAUCGACGUCUCUCCAGGCUGUGAGGGGCUCAGCGUUUCAGCCAAUGAGAGCUCUCUGUUUGUCAGAGGAAAAAUCACUGCCGAGUGUAAUAGGACUGAUGUGAUUCGUCUCGACAAAUAUGUAAUUCACCCAGAUAUGGACUUCUGUCUGCACUGGGAGCCUCUGCUGGACCAGAUGAUGCUUAAGGUUGGAAAAAGAAAUCUUAUUCUUUGCACUCCUUCAAGUCCUGCACAAAAUUGUUGCACAGAUUUAAGUAAUGGGGCCAAUAUGCCUGAAGCAAAAUAUGGUAUCGCCAAAGGAACAGUCCAGAAUGAUGCACUGCAAGAUAAAACAUUGGAAGGCUACAACUUCAUGGGACAGCACACCAACUGCAAGAAGUUGUGUGACCAGGCUAAAGGGCUCGUCAAAGGGUCUCGCGACACCGAGCAUCCGUGCGCUCAGAGAUAUGAGCAAGAGAUGAAGAACAAUUUCAAAGGGAAAAAAGUCUCCACAAGUGGACCAAAGCAAAAGACCUCUGUCACCGUCGACAUCCCUUCUGACCUGAAACCACCCAAGACAGCAAAGAGCAAAAUGUCCGUCACAUUCCUUAAGAAUAACUCCAUGUUCCCGGCUUUCUCUCUGUCAGCACAUGAAACUUUAAGCUCUGAGGAGGYCAGACCUCUCAUSGAUGUGGKGGAAAUCUCAGUGGAGAAUGAGAACAUCACUGAUCUGCCUGAGCCGGUCAAGAUUUUCUUUGACCAUGAAUACAUACCUUGGAACCUCAGAAGAAAAUGUGUUUCCUGGGACACUCGCAGAGAUCCUUUGGAGGUGAACUGGUCUAAGUUUGGAUGCAAGACAAAGAGAAAAGGAUCACGGCACACGGAGUGCCAGUGUGACCAUCUGACUUACUUCACAGUGCUGGUGCAACUGGAGCCUAAACCAGUGCGCCACCUACUGGCACUUACUGCUAUUACAUAUGUAGGCUGUGCAGCGUCCUUCAUCAGCUGCGUGGGGCUCAUCGUGUUUUUCUGCAGGAACAGGAGACGGACCAAGGAGCAGUCUGUAGCCAUCCACCUGGGCUUAGCUCUGGCCCUGGCCCUCCUCAGCCUGCUCUUCUUCUUUACUGGGGUUCUGGCCAACUUGGGAGGUGACGAUGUGUGCACCUGGGUGGGGGCCUUGCUCCACUACACCCUGCUCAGCUCCCUCACCUGGAUGGGGAUAGAAGUGCUUAACACCUUCUGGUUGAUCUCCAUGGUGUUCAGACCCUCCCCACGGCCCUACGUGUGGUACCUGAUCGGUUUUGUCCUCCCAGUUGUUCCUGUUGGUAUCCUGGCUGGUGUGGGGGAUAUUUAUGGAAUGGCAGAAAUUGAGCCGGAUGACGACAAAGAUGAUCCUUAUCGGAUGUGCUGGAUGAAACUGAAUGAACAAAACGCCUUACUAGCUCACUGCUUCACCACCAUGGCCCUGCUGGUCGUCCUGGUGUCUUCUGGGAUCGUGAUGCUCUUCCUGGUGUUCCGGGAGAUCCGCAAGAGGGACGAGUGGAAGCAGAACCGGGUGGCUUUCCUCAGCAUCUGGGGUCUCAGCUGCCUCUUUGGAGUGACUUGGGGUCUGACCUUCCUGAACAUUGAGCCACUGUCGGACUUUAUCCUCUUCCUCUCCUGCUUCCUGAACUCCUUUCAAGGUUUCUUCCUGAUGCUGAGGUUCUGCAUGAUGAACUGGGUCCGGAAGCAGGCCAGCAGGUCGGUUCUAGGCAGCACCAGCUCCGGGUCCGUCAAGCAACACAUGCUGCAGACAAGCGAGAAGAGCUAGCCGCUCCGAGUUGAAGGUGUGAGGUCGACUGUGAGACUCAGAUCACUGUACAUGACAAGAAUCAGUCCAGAGGCAGACUUGUGAGCUCAGGUUUUCUGUGAGUUUGUUAUAUUGUGAUGUUCAUACAGAAAACACUGACAGAACGAACACUGUCAGUGUCAUUGUGAAAAUCGACAGUGAUCGAUUUUCACACUGUCCAAUCAGAUCGAUACAAUCACUUUGAGGCAGAGUUUAGUGGUAGAACCACUGAUGAUGGUCAAGGUUGUGAUGAUGAGAUUGUAUGAUACUCGUAACAUGCUACUGAUAAUAUUUUAUUCCAUUUGAAGGGCUUCUCAGAGACCAAAAUCUAUAUUUAAGCUUUUCUAUAUCAACUUUUUUUCAACAUAUUUUUAUUUAAUGGACCUUAAAAUAAUCCAUCAGUUAUAUCACUUUUUUGCAUCAAAGAACAACUGAUUGAGUCACGUGUGGGUUUGGUUCUGUCUGCAGAUUGUUUUCUAAUGGACCUUCUUCCUGCAGGUCACGUUAGAUUUAGAUCCUGGAGCUUUUCACAACACAUCAACAUAAUUAGCAGCUUCACAUGCUGACAUCAGUCAGCUGGAAGUGACAUCUUCUAACUCGUGGCCUAUAACUGGUCUGUGAAAACAAUCAGAUGUUUUAUGAAUAAAGAUACUACCAGAAUCUGACCGUUUUCAGCUUGAUGGAUGCUGACAGCUGAGUCCUAAAGUAUUUUUACAGUCAGUGAACGCACCAUAACAAAGUCUUUUAUAUGAAAAAAGUAGCUAAAAUGCUAAUUUUAUCUGUAAGGCUAACGUUAGCAUAACGGCUACCACAAGCAUGUUUAUCGCACUCUGGUGUGGAUAAAUUCUCAGGGAAAUUCACCAGGAGACUGCUAGCGAUGCUACAUGCUAAUAUAAGACUGUUUCAAAUAUCCCCUCCACAAUAAGUCAGGGAUUGGUAUAAAAUAGCGGCGUCUUUUUUUAAUGUUCGCUCACAAACACCCACACAGUGUGACUUUAGGUCUGAUCAGAAUAUAAAUAAUCGAGGAUUGUUUCUGGCUGGAAGGUUGUAUAAAUAUGUACAAUUCUAUAAUUACAUUGUGAAUCAGCUAAAAUCUGCCUCGGCUGAGAAAAGCCGAGGAAAAGUGAAAAAAAAAAAAACUGUUUCCCUAGCAACAAGGUUAAAAAGUAACAUCUGUAUCUGGGUUUCUGUAUAAAUGCAUCUCAAGGUUACUGUAGAUGUGAAUGCUGAUGUGACGUCUAGUUAAACCACAUCUGGCUGGAAUGACUUUGGUCAGACGUUUCAAAGAAACCACUGAUGGGAAGUCAUCUUAUUAAUUUUUAAGAAAGAGAAGCAAUAUUUAACAGAUGUGUUUUUUCCUAUUGGUAAUAAGGAAAGUCAUCACUGCAAGGUCUGUUGCUGUGAAGCUACAAGAUAAUUCUUUGUUCCCUUCAGUAGUUUUGGUUCUGUUUGGGAUUAAAGAACUGAAAACACAAUAUUAGCAAAUUUUUGUAUUUUCUCCGCUUCAUUGGUGUCAGUUUCAUAUUGAAUAUAUAAUCUGACCUCCUCAUUUGAGACGCAGGUGAUAUUUUUACACACGGAUAUUUGUGAAUUAACAGGAAAUCAAGCUUGUGCAACGAAUGUUCCGUCUGAUGAAAAUAUGAAAGAAGAAUAUGGGGGUUCUAACGCAUUACUUCAGGUGUAAACUAAACCGGUAGAAGUAGUUGAUGAGUUGCUCAUAUGAAAGAACCCGCCUCUCAGUUCCUCAGGAAGUCCAAACUCAGACCCGGAGCCUGAGCUGCAGAAUCCCUAGGCUGGUUCUAGUUGAAAAUUAAACUGCUUUGGUUCAGAUUCAGGAUCAUUCAGAAAUGUCAUUAAGCUUUAUUACAACACGCAGAAACAUGAAGCUUAAUGUCUGUAUGCUACUGUGCUCUGAUUAGACGUUAUUAUUGAAUAUAAGCUUUUACAUUUCAGAUGUUUGCUCAUAUUGUUCUGUGUAUUUUGUAAUCGAUAGUUGAAUAGUUAAAUAGCACUUUAGACUGCUGUUGUGUUGCUUAGCCUCAGUUAGUUUGAUGUACACCCAGUGGGCAUUAGUAAUGAAAAAUGAAAUGUUUUAUACAGAAAAUGUGAUAUGUUUUGGUGUAUUCAGGAAGAAUAAUAAAGUAUGGAAUGUGUUUUAAGUUAGAAUAAAACAAUUUACUGCUGUUAUAGAUAAAUAGUUAAACCCCCACAUUUAGAAUUUUGGUGAAUAAAUUAUGUUCCUUCCCAGAAGAACACACAUGUUUUUAGAUGCUGUAAUGUUUGCACUUUUAUAUUUUGAAAGAAUAUUUUUCAGUCAAAUCUGUAUGUAUAUCUGACCAUUUGUAUAUGUCUGCAAGGAAUAUUAAUAAAACAUGUUUUGGUUAAA